GCUAGGCGGUAACAAUGUCCCCACCGCAGCGUUCUAGGAUCUAACUCAGGGCGAGAGUGCUGUGGUAUAAUUUUCCAGCCAAAGAGCUGGUCUGUAUAUAGGCUCUGAAAUCAGCCUGGCAUCCAGGAUACCCAAAUGUUUGUGUCGAAAACAUGGACGAGACAGAUGUCUACAGAUGACUAACAUAGGGGUUUGUAAACGUGUGGAACCUUCUGUAUAUAUCGACCGACCUGCGCCAGAAAAACACAGUUCGACAUCAGACAUCCGGAUGUACCUGUGAACCAUAGACAGACGGUGUGUCCAUUCUACCGGAUGCUCGUAUCUUCUACUGCUUGAGCUGAAAAGUCUGUAUAGUGAAUACAAACAGGUUUCUACGUGAUGUAUCCAUCCCUACAGUAAGUUGAAGAUCGCCAUUUUGUUCUUGUUGGUAGCAGCUCACAACAAAUAUGGUGGACACCGUGAUAGUGGUUAAGAUAGCGGCCAUCGUGGUCACCUUUGUUUUGACUAUACUUUUCGGGCUGGGGCCUGCUUGGUUCGUGUCGGCCAGGAAUCAGCGGUACAAGCAGAGAGGAAGGACGCCGGCCUUGCUGAGCUGCUUCGCCGGCGGAGUGUUUCUGGCCACCUGCCUGCUGGAUUUGAUCCCCGACGUCGAGGAAGAGUUGAACCUGGCCCUGGCGGGCGCACACCUCUCUUACCCGGGGUUUCCCCUCCCGCUGUUCGUGGUGGCCAUGGGCCUGUUCAUGGUUCUUACGGUGGAGCAGGUGGCCCUGCAGUACCACCACAGGCCGCUACAGGCGCGGCGGAACGGGGCACACGUCGCCUUGGAGACCCCCGUGUCUCUGAUCAAUGAGGAGGAAGACGUUAACGCUAUGGAGAUGGGGGAGAUGCGCGCAGAAACAGCCGAGCCUGACCAGGGUGACGACCAUGAACAUCUACACGCUAGCUUACGAUCUUGGUCCCUUCUCCUGGCCAUUUCCCUCCACUCUGUGUUUGAAGGCAUCGCGGUCGGACUACAGAAGGAGACCUCAGCCGUGUUACAGCUGAUGACAGCCGUGGCGCUGCACAAGUCUGUCAUGGCCUUCAGCCUCGGUAUGGCCCUGGUGCAAAGCAGCAUGGGCAGGACCACGACGGUAGGGCUCAGCAUCUUCUUCGCCAUCACGGCCCCGACUGGCAUGGCGAUUGGCAUGGCGGUGGAGUCAAGCUCCCAGUCGUCGCACCACCACGGCGUAAGCGGGGUGCUGACGGGCCUGGCCACCGGCACGUUCCUGUACGUCACCUUCCUGGAGGUUCUCGCGCACGAGCUCAAGUCCAACCGGGACAGGCUCCUCAAACUGGCCGCCAUCCUCCUCGGGUUCUUCACGGUGGUGGGACUGAUGUUCCUGGACGCAGACAUGAAGGAGGGCCGGCAUUUCUGUCCGGAACAGUUUCAGAACUUAACUUUCGCCACAGACGCCGAACUGGUACAGACUCCUUAGGGAUAACGACUUUAUUACGAAAUGAUUUUUAUUACGAUGAUCCAACAAAGUAUAACGGACUUUCGGCCACAAAAUGUGGGCACAGUGGGACAAUCUGAGAAAUACGGCAAACGAAAUUGCUGAAACGUCGACAAGAUACAGAGCAAAUAUAGUAGAGGCCCUUGUGAUAUGACGGCACCAUUUGAGCUGGAAAAGAUUAUUUAUGGCAUAUUUAUUGCUCAAGUUGCUAGGCCAGAUUUCAGCAGAUUCUAGGUUUAAUUGUUCCAUGCAAUUCAUUUUCUUUACUUUGGUAACAGAGUAGACUUUUCUCGCGUAAAACCUUAAAGUACAUGUAUGCGACUGGAUGUCAUUGCAAUCGGAAACGUUAUUACCACUAUGGGCGAUAUUCUUUGCCUGUUUGUUUGUCUGUUUGUGCGGUUAUUUCAAUAUGCUGCAUACUAGUAUAAUGUACUUCUCGUGUUGUAACUGACAGACAUUCCAGGUCAUGUUCAUCAAAAUUUUAUGUGCAUGACUGGUGUUGAACAAUACACGCGAGAACCUAAAUAUUUAACGGAGGUAUGAGAUCUUUGACCACUUUUCCCAACACAUGUUGCUGCUGACACAUCUCAAUAUCGAUUCUAGACUGAUUUCUUGGCUGGGUCAAUGAACUACAUUGACACAACAGCUGGCUGUAGUCUCGGAGAACAAAGCUCAACAUACAGGCCCUACGUUUUGGGGCAAUACUUACUUUUUGGCGACGCCUCAGGGGGAAGCCUAAUGGUACAGUAUUCUGUGCAAUUUGCAAAGAUUCUCGGAAUCGUACAGGAAUUUUUCCACAGGCAUGGAAUGUCCACAGGAAUGUUUCCCAGCUCUG